GUUCUAUGAAAUGAAUUGUUGCACUUUAAUGCCUGAACAAAAUGUAUGCUAAGAUUUCAACAAAGUGCUUGGUACUGUUCCUUGGUGUAUUGCUUUAUUGCAUACACGACUGCCACAGCAUUGAGCCCCUGACAAUUGGGGCUGCCAUAGGGAUUGGCAGCGUCGGCCUUACCUACUUCAAGGGCCAAACCUAUUGCCGGUUCUACGAGUGCUGCGACUACAGAAGUAUUCCAGCCAAUAUAACUGCGCUGCGUAGUUCGCUGGAAAGCACGCUAUACGGCCAGCACAUUGUGGCCCAGCAUCUGAUACCAGCACUGAGCGCGCACUUGAGCGCCCAAAGCAAGUCGCGAAAGCCGCUGGUGCUGAGCUUUCAUGGCCAACCGGGCACCGGCAAGAACUUUGUGGCCGAUCAGAUAGCCCAAGCUCUCUACCUGCAGGGUUCGAACAGCGCAUAUGUCACCAAGUACCUGGGAAGAUCCGAUUUCCCAAUGGCCGAAAUGGUCGACCAAUACAAGGAACGCAUCAAUAAGGAUGUGCGCGAUCGCUUGCUCAGUUGUCCACGCUCACUGUUCGUAUUCGAUGAGGUGGACAAGAUGCCCAGUGGCGUGUUCGACACCCUCGCCUCGCUGGUCGACUACCAUGCCUUCACCGAUGGCACCGAUCACACCAAAGCCAUUUUCAUCUUCCUGUCAAACACUGCCGGCACCCACAUCGCCGAGCAUUUGGGCAACAGCAUGAAGGCGGGUAAACUGCGCGAGGAUACACGCCUCAGCGACUACGAGCCGCUGCUGCAGCGAGCUGCCUACAACUUGGACGGUGGCAUGAAGAAAACGAGUCUGAUUGAGGCACACGUCAUCGAUCACUACAUCCCAUUUCUGCCGCUGGAGAAGGCGCACGUUGUCCAGUGCCUGGAGGCGGAGUUCCGGCGUUGGGGCAGGCAGCCCGAUAGGGAUAUCAUCAACGAGAUUCUCUCCUCCUCCAUCAGCUAUGACCGCAUGCAUGGCCUGUUCGUCAGCUCCGGCUGCAAGACGCUCGAGAAGAAGGUGGCCAUGGCCAUUUACUAGCUGAAUAUCAUUUAUUGUUUGUACGGGAAUAAAGUAGCCACAGACAUAA